AUGUCGAGUCCUCUGGUGGUGCCAUUCGCAUACCCCGACCCCAGAGGCAACAAUUAUGACGAAUGGAGCGAGAUUGUAGAGCGGGCGUUGGGCCGCUACCGCUUUUGGGAUGCACCUACCACUGUCGAAUGGUUUCAGGCUCGUGGAUACACCCUCUACGAGAGAUUUAACAUGGAUCCCAAAGACCAAACCGCGCCAGACCCAUCGUGCACGGGUCCUCGGAUGAAACGUGGGUACGAGAGCAGUGGGCAAUAUCCCUAUGCAUAUUACGAUGACUUCAAGUUGGACGAGGACGAGCUUGACUUGGUUGCUUGUGAACAAUCGGGGUCUCUCGUCUUUGCUCAAGACGAACAAGGUCGCCACGUCGCAAUCAAGCUUGUGCCUAACGGGUCCGACGAGCUUCGUAUCUACGAGCUCAUUCAUGCGCAGGACGUCGAAUCCCUCAAAGAACACUGCAUUCUCCCGAUUCUGGAGAUUCUGCGUUCAACAACACAUAGUUUCGUGGUAAUGCCUCGCUGGGGUGGAGAUCCAAUCACCCCACCACUUGCUUCAUUGUUGGAGGUUUUGGCGUUCAUCCAUUGUCUUCUGAAGAACUACAUUUACAUCUUUUUCCAGGCCUUAGCAUUUCUUCACAAGAAUAACAUUGUUCACAGGGACAUCUCGACCGCCAACAUUGUCACAAAUCACUUCUCGACACACGAAAGCAUGUGGGCAAGUGAGCCACGUAAACAGCUACGGCGGGAACAACUGGCCUCGUACGCCUUAAUCGACUUCAACUACUCCGCCAUAGUGCCCGAUGGCGUUGAGCCGUCCAAAUUCCGGCUGCCUGCUGAGAAAGCGUUUGACGCAGCGUAUGCUGUGCCGGAUACCGCUCAGGGUGAGGUGGACUACGACCCAUUUGCCUGGGAUGUAUGCUCCCUUGGAGCCCUCAUGGCCACUCAGUACCAGUACUUCUGCUAUGACCUCCCAUUCCUGGCACCCCUGUUCGACUCGAUGAUCACGAUCGAUGUUUCUCGAAGGUUUACCGCAGCCCAGGCCCUUGAAUUCUUCGAGUCAGAGGUUGCUUCGCUACACAAGGGCAGAUUGACGAAGCCCAUUUGGAUGCCUGAUGACAGGACCAGGCCGUGUGAUUACGACCGAUGGAAGUACGUCCCCAAGUCAUUGGCUGUCAAGUGGAAGAGUUACCGGUCUGCAGAGAUCACACCUUGGGUUCGCUUUCUAAGACGGGUGUGCGCUAUGGGAGACGGAAAGGGAUAUAUCAUUGUUAUGACAAUACGUAGAUGUAUUCGGUUCAUUCUUGGGCUCAUUGGGGCCAGGUAA